AAUUACUCGAUGUUUUACUUGAUAUAAGAGGUAGAAUAUGAUCUCCUUCACUGUUCAAUGAAAAUAAAGAUAUGAACAUAAAUAAAUUUGAUUAUGCAAGCUAUUUUUAUGCAAAGUUAUCUAGAUAGUGCGUUUUUAUCACUGUCAUUUACAACAAAUACAUAUAUUAAACUCGGGAUGCUAGAUACUAUAUAUAUUAUUGUGUCUAGAUACUCGGUUUCGUUGUCCAGUAAAAUUGGAAGAUGGAAAUCAACUUCAACGGAAGGCGAGCUUUAGUUACAGGUGCAACUAAAGGUAAAUAUUUGAAUAAGAAAGUAUCGGAAAAGACAUUGCACUUCAGCUCGCAAAAUGUGGAGCACAGGUGCUAGCUGUUGGAAGAUCAAAAGAUUUGCUGAAUGCUUUAAAAGAAGAAAUGGCUGCCAUAGAGACGAUGAAGCUGGAUGUAUCUGAUUGGAAAGCUACUGAGCGAGCUUUGAAGGACGCUGGUCCCAUCGAUCUAUUGGUUAACAAUGCCGGUGUUGGUAUGAUUAAAUCUCUAUCAACCGUAACUGAAGACGACGUGGAUAGUAUAUUCGAUUUGAACGUCAAAGCUUUAAUCAACGUUACCAAGCUUGCAGUGCAAAGUAUGGUAGAGCGUAAGGUGGCUGGAUCAAUAGUGAACAUCUCUUCACAGGCUAGCCUGGCAGGUCUGUUGGGACAUACCGUAUACUGCGCUAGUAAGGGCGCAGUAGAUGCGUUUACUAGAGCAGCAGCUUUGGAAUAUGGACCUCGAAACAUUAGAGUUAAUUCUGUUAACCCGACUGUAAUAAUGACAGAUAUGGGAAGACUUUGGUGGUCAGAUCCAAUUCGAGCCAAGCCCAUGAUGGAUAAGAUACCGCUCAGCAGAACGAACUUUGGCUAUUGGUGAAGUAGUAGAAGAACAUGAAAACGGCGAUCAUGCUGAUGAUGGAAAUAUAUUGGCAGCUGGCCCGUCAAACGUAACACAAAAACUAGGAUUUUUAGAAUCAAGUGAACCUUCAAACAUAUGCAAUUUAAGGGUCAGAAGAUCACCAGUAUACUUUGGGGAUUUCAAAAUUUCUGAUUUAAAUAAUGUGCAGCGUCGGAAGAGAUUUUGGAAAACUGCUCAUGAAACUGUUCAUAAGUACAAAAAAAUUAACAAGUACAAUCAGUGUAAAAAUCGUAGACAAAGAAAUAAAAUACAAAGGCUGAAUAGUCUGGUAGAUGAACUACUUAAGGAGAAGAGAAUAUCUGCAGCUCGGUCAAUAGUAUUACCUGAAUUAUUAAUUACUUAUGUUAAAUACUAAUUUUCAUAUCUUCAAAUGUGUAAAGGAGAAUUUAUUGGCAAGUUUCAUACAUAUGUAUAUAUAAAUAAAU